AUGACCGGGCGGGCCGGGAGCCAGGCACACGGCUCGGCUACAAAUGCAGCCCCCGGCGCGAGCGGGUGCAUUCGUCGCCGCCGCCGCCUGGCAGAGCCCGGCCCCUACCCGCCGAGCGACGCGCCCGGCUGCAGCCCCGAUCCCACCAUGAGCGUGCGGCGCUGGCUGCUGGCGCUGCUGUUGCUCUGGCUCGCCCUGAGCGCGGGCUCCGGAGCACCAUUGGCCGAGGCGCCGGAUGGCAGAGACCUGGAGAAAGGGAACAUUCGGAACCUGGUGCACCCCAAGGGGGUGCGGAAUGGAGCAGGACACCGGCAGAAUGGCUGGAGAAAGUCCCGGCGUCCAAGACCCCGUCUCUCCCACAAGGGCCCCAUGCCUUUCUAGCGCAGGGUUGCUGUUGGCCCCCUGAAGGCCCGUUCCCAUUGUCCUCUCUGCUUUAUAGACUGGUUUGCUUGUCAUGGAGCCCUGAGUGCGGCGCUCCUGCCUGCUGAGGUGGGCAGGCUCCUCCUGUCCGCCAGCCUGUCAUGCAGCCACCCUGGAUGGAGCUGUCAGCACCUCGACUCCCCUUACAUACAGAGACACAGACCCGCACACGCCCAGCAGGCAUCUCCGCGCCUUGUCUCUGCAGACCCGACACCCAAGCUGGGUGCAGCUGCUGGCAUCUUUCCCAUUUCCCUGCUGAUGCCUGGAGUGGAUCCCCCGCCUCUUUCCAGCCCUUAGCAGAGGGGACACUGCCCAGGGCUCACCUUGACCUAGCCAGCCUCAUAGUCCUGAGUGGGCCCCUAACACAGCUCAGGACUGGACGGGUGCCUGGCUGCCAGCUCCCUCUGUCCCCUUGGCUGUCUCUCUCUCACACACAAGCAGCAGGACCGCAGACUCCUGUGCAUGGGGAUCUCUGGGCUGAGGGGAUUGGGCUGGGUUGCCCUUGCUCCCUUGGUGUUUCCAUGGGGCGGGGAGGAAGAGCACUGCUGUAAUGAGCCUGCCUGGUCUCAUUGCUGCCCUGGCUUCUUGUUAGCCUGCCAAGAGGCUGGGCAAAGAGCAUGUAGCUCCAGUGCAGCUGUGACAGGGGGGUCAUGCUAGGGGCUGGAAGCUGUGGCUGGUAUGAGAAGGCCACUGGGGCUGAGAAGCACAGAGGGAGAAACUAUUCUUCUGACCUCCCUAGGCAAUCCCCCAUUAGUCCUGUCCCCUCCACUCCCUAGAGAGCUGAGCACCUCAUCUGCAGGCAUAUAAGGUGGUGUUCGGUUUAUGGGGUCUAUUUAUUCUUGUGGUGCUAAACCUGCACAGGGCUCUCAAUGUCUUUGAACACCCUCCACCUUCCUCCAUGGGAGAUGAACUGGUCCGGUGCGUGGUGCUGCAGUGACGGCCUGGCGCCCUGGCCCUUGCUCUGCAAUGACUCUCCCAACUGCCCCUCGGGGGGGCUGCUGGGUCCAGAGGAUCUUGUACAGCAUGGCCACACCCAAUCCGUCCCCACAUGACUGUCUCUCCAUGCCCAUCCUGCAGUCUGUUUUGCUGUGCAUGUGGCGAGGACAGCGCCUACCCAGCGAGAGCUGGAGGAGGGAGUGAAGGAGCAGCCCUUGGAAGAGGGGCUUUCCCAGGCGUGGGGGCUAGGAUCUGAGCCUGGGAGGCCUGCUGCUUUGCAGUGCCCCUGGUACUGCAGUGGUGCUAUGACACAGGACCUGGGAGCGCCCUCUCCUGGCAGGGUGCAGGGAGGGGGGGGAUCUGGCAUCUGCACUGGCUAGUCUGGCAGGGAGCUCCCUUCCCCCACACUUCUGCACCAGGGGUUUCCCCUUGUGGCUCUUGGCUCCAAUCACACUGAAGUCACUGGAGGGCCAGCUGUCGGGGGCAUACCCCUCCCCAGCACUGAGCCAUGGUGCCAGCACGGCUCCAUAGGGUGAGGGGCGCCGAGUGGGUAGGCAGAGCUGGCUCUUGUGUAAUAUUUCAGCUGUGUGUCAGUGAUUCUUGUAUAAAAUACUAAUUUAUACCAAAUGGGGAUGCCUUAGUCCAGACAAACCUGUUCCCUGUUGGUCACUGUUUUCUGCAUCUGUAAAGAUUGGUCUGUGUAAAUGUCUUUCUAAUAAAGUUAUGAUGACAAUAAACCCUUCUUUUAGGAGGUCCAGGCACUGUUUGUUCCCUUCUCCCUUGGGAUGGGGGUAUGUGUGAUCCUGGGUGUGUCAGCCCCCGGCUUAGACUGGACACUGCAGAGCACCCCCAGGGCUUCCCGGCUGUAGCUUGCAAAGGACUUUCCCCAAG